AUGUGGUGGCUGCUCAGUAUACUGGGCUGUGUUCUGCUGGUGGCGGUCAUUUUCUUCCUGACCACUCGACAGCGUUACAAGUUGUUCAGUGAGAAGUGCGUGAGGCCACCAGGACCCUUGGUCACAGACAGCAAACAGAGGGAUGACAGGCUGAAGAAAGGUUUCCGUGUGGACCGUGUUCCCCCUGCUCUGGAUGCGGUGGUGAUUGGCAGUGGUGUGGGAGGUUUGGCGGCGGCAGCACUUUUGUCCAAAGCCGGGAAGAAAGUUUUAGUUCUGGAGCAACAUGAUCAGGCUGGAGGCUGUACCCACACCUUCCAGAAUAAGGGAUUUGAGUUUGAUGUGGGUAUCCAUUACCUGGGCCAGCUUCAUGAGAACAGCCUGCUCAGGAUUACUAUGGAUCAGAUUACAGAGGGUCAGCUGCAGUUUACACGUCUGGGACAGCAGUUUGACACACUGAUCCUGGGUCAGGAGGACCAACGCAGGGAAUACCAUAUUCAUUCAGGGAAGACUGAGAUGGCCGAAAGUCUAAAGAAGCAGUUUCCAGGAGAGGAGGAGGCCAUUGAUGAAUUCAUGAGAUUAAUGAAGCUAGCCUCACAGCGGACACCGCUUAUCGCCAUCUUGAAGAUGAUACCCUAUUGGCUGGUUAAUUUCCUGGUUAAUAAUGGCCUUUUACAUCGAAUAUCUCAAGUGUUCAGCCUGGCAACAACCAGCCAUUCUGAAAUGAUGUCCCGCCUCACACAGAACAAGGACCUGCAGGCCCUGUCUGCCUACCUGUUCUAUGGGGUCCCUCCGAAAGAGUCCAGCUUUCUCAUCAAUGCUCUCCUCCUUCACCACUACAAACGUGGUGCAUACUACCCACGAGGGGGCGCCAGUGAGAUUGCCUUUCACAUCAUCUCUGUCAUUCAGCAAGCAGGGGGCGCGGUGCUGGUCAGGGCUCCGGUUCAACGCAUCCUGCUCAACCAGCAGGGGAAGGCCUAUGGUGUGACAGUGCGUAAAGGACAAGUAGAGAUUGAGGUCCAUGCACCGGUUGUCAUUUCCAAUGCUGGCAUCUUCAACACCCUCCAGACGUUUCUACCUAAGCCAAUACAGGACAAACCAGAGAUCCAGUCACUGUUGGGUAAGGUACGGCAUGGUAUGGGUUCCUUCUUGGUCUUUGUUGGUCUGGAUGGAACCAAAGAGGAGCUGGGCAUCGUUUCCACCAACUUCUGGAUGUAUAAAGACAACGACUUGGAUUCUCUAAUGGAGCGAUACUCCUCCCUAAGCAGAGAUCAAGUUUUGGGGAACAUUCCCAUGAUGUUCAUCACCUCCCCAUCUGCUAAGGAUCCUACAGCCAAUAUCCGACAGCCAGGUAAGUCAUGUAUGACAUUGCUAACCAUGGCUCGCUAUGAGUGGUUCGAGGAAUGGGAGGGGACAAAACUUGGCAAGAGGGGACAGGACUACCUGGAUCUGAAAAACAGCAUGGCCAAAGAGAUGCUUGACUGGGCACUAACCAUAUUUCCACAACUGCGAGAAAAGGUGGUGAUGGUGGAUGCUGCCACUCCUCUAACAAAUGUCCACUAUUUGGGAGCUCCAAGAGGCGAGAUGUACGGCGCUGAACACAACCUGGAGCGCUUCAACCCAGAAACGGUUGCUCGGACACGACCACAGACACCAAUCGACGGACUCUUCCUCACAGGGCAGGACGUGUUCUGUAAUGGCCUGGCUGGAGCUGUGCACGGCGGGUUGCUCUGUGCCUCUGCUGUCCUCAAUCAGAUCCUCUACAUUGACCUUCUGGCCUUGAAGACCCAGCUCAAACGCAAACAGACCAAAAAAAAACUGACCUAGUAUUGACAGGGUGAGCGUGGAGGUAAUUAGUGUAGUUUUAAUACAUUUAAAGAUUAUAAUCUUGAAUCAAUACUAGAUUGGAAGUGAGAAAGGAAACAAAGGAAGUGAGGAGAAACUCAAAAGAGUGGAGGGUUAGGGUAUGUCAUGUCUUCCUGCAAUCUAAGAGCCAAAUUCAACAUUAAAGUAAACCUCUACUUAAUCUGCCUUAAUCCAGUUGAUUUAUUAAUCACUGACUGUGUCUGCUGUGAUCCCAAGACAGAUCCCAAGUGCAGUGUAGCUAACAUGGCUGCCAAUGCAAUCAUUGGAAAUUGCAACAAAUUAGACAGAUGGUACAA